AUGAAUACGACCCCUAUCGUGGUGGCGGUGGUGGGAGUCUUGCUGGUGACUGGACCUCCGGGUGUUGGUAAAACCACUCUAAUAGUGAAAGUCUUUGAAACCCUGAAAUCCUCAAACCCUAACUUAAAGAUUCAAGGUUUCUACAUCAGUGAGGUUAGACAAGGAGGUGAGAGAGUUGGGUUCCAGGUGGUCACAUUAGACGGCCGUACCGCUCCGCUUGCCUCAUCCAUCAUUUCCAGCCCUGAAUCUUUGAGAUGGCCCACUGUGGGGAAGUACAAAGUUGAUGUUGCGUCGUUUGAGUCCUUGGCAGUUCCUGAAUUGCAGGUAAGAGAAGAUACUGACCUAUUUGUCAUCGAUGAAGUCGGUAAGAUGGAGUUGUUCGGUUCAUCUUUCUUCCCUGCUGUCUUAAGAGUGCUGGAAUCCAAUGUUCCAGUCUUGGCGUCAGUUCCAAUUCCAAAAGUUGGCCGCGAUAUACCAGCAGGAUAAUUAUGAGGGACAUAUGGUUGCUUUUGCUGGGCAUAAAUAUGCUACAAGGUCUACUGCUGAUUUGUUGCCAAUACUACCUACACUGUCACCAGCUUUACUCUUAAAUAGUAUCUUCAAAAGAUGAAUGCAGAUUUUGGUUCAUUGCCAUCCAAAGACAAGUAUAAGAAUAAGGUGCAUGUUUUUUAUUGUUGUUAUUUCUAUCUCUGCUAUGCUUUUAGUCUCCUUGUAUGAGUAUCUUUUGAUCUUUUGCAUGCGUGCAUCCUUUUGUGUUCAUAAAACUGCUGAUUUAUUAGCGUUGUGGUCUAUAUCUUUGAUCAUGCAGAAAUGUUGUUCAAGAAACUUUGCUUUGAGAAUCAUGCUCUUUCUCAUUUCCAUUUCACUCUAAAACCUGUAUGCUUCUCAAUCAUAAGUUUUAUCUAUGGUUACAAAAGUUAAUUUAUCUCUUUGGUAUUUACUUGCUAUUUGCUAUCUGUGGGAUAAAUUAUUAAGGAUAUGUCUCUAUUUUGCUUGUGGGGCUCUUCAAAAGCACAAGUCAUGGAUCAGUAAAUGAAGAAGAAGCUGAUAGGAUUGUAUAACUUCAUGGGCAACCCAAGGUCUCCUUCCAAUAGUUUUCGGGUUUCGGGUGAAGAAUGUUACAAGCAAGGAGGAUGUUAGUCAUAAAUAUGGUUCAGAAGUUUUGGUCACUAGCGUCGUGUGUAACUCUUAAUUUCAACAAGAAGCUAGUAGUUUUAGGUAUUUUGAUGCUUGUAAUUUUGCAAAACCUUUGGUUGGUCUUACAAUUGUGAUUGUUGAUUUGUAAUUGAAAUGAGUUCAUAUGAUAUUUUAACAUUUUUCAAUUUAUAAUUUUUGCAGUACAGUACUAGUUUUUGUGUGAAAUUCACACCAGAUUUUUUU